AAUAAGCCUAACCUCAUGAAGUCUGUCAUUAAAGUUAAUUAAACAUCAAAAGAAAAGAUGAAAAGAAAAUCACUCACUGCUCCUGACUGACUAACUUCUGUAACUUCGUUAUAAAGAUUAAUUUAUAUUUAUGUUGAGCAGGGGCGUAGCAAGUUUUUCAAAAGUGUGGGGGAUGGAUGGAUGAAAUUUUAAAUUUGACAUAAACACACCUGACCAGACACACGCUACGUGCACCUGGGAUGGAAAUAAGCACCACCCAUGACACACACACACACACGCGCUCUCUUCCUUCAUAGACCUCUUUCACAAACUGCAACAUUCAUUUUUCAUUGCUCACCUGUGAACCUUCCUGUCCUCUCGCUAAAACUGAUGCCUCCAGCAACCUCCUCAGACAUGGGUCUGACUGACAGCACUGUGGCUGCUAAAUUUUGCUUACUUUUGCCCUGAAAAGCUUUUUCUCUGGUGGUCUAAAUAAUGUAACAAUUUACAGUUUUUACAUUAAAAUAAUAUAGGCUAGACUUUUCUUUUAUUGUUUGCAUACCUGUUGAAGAACUAUGUCAUCAUUUCUCAUUUUUUUCUCCUCAACAAGUACAAUCAAAACAACAGGUAAGUAUUCACAAGGCAUUCAGCUAAUCAACAAACAAUACUCAAAAUAUCAAAAUCAAUUGCACUAGCAAUAAACCCAUAAAUACAAUGCAAUAUAGUAGAAAGAUUUCAAAUUCACCCUUACAUUAUGUUUACAUAUCAGCGAUCAUAAGAUGAAUUUAUGUUUUUUUUUAUACAUGAUUACACAUCGUUUUCUUUCAUGGUUCAUCAAUCCCUUAAAGUAACCUUGGCAACCCCCUGGCCACCCCAUUAAAAAAAAAGUUGAGUUCCGCCAUUGGAUAUAUAUGACAAACACUGAGCAUGUCUGUUUCUAGCUCAGCGCCAACCGACGCACAAAAUCAGUUUGAAUCUGGCUGUGACAUCACUGAACAUUCUAAAUCAUAUUCUUAGGGCACAUAAAUAAGAAUCCACUAUGGAGCCAUUAUAGUAUGGUUAAAUGCCGCUCCAUUCGAAAACAGCUGAUAACGAUUAAUUACUAAUCAAGGAAUAGGCUUUACUGACGAGAUGCGCGUGACAAUCGCGUGCGAUUUAUGAAGAAAGCACUCGACAAAACAAUGUCCAUCUAACUUUUAAUUCAAGGUGUGGAUAUUUGGAGAAAUAUUAAUUCAUUUGUAUAUGUUUACUUCAUAUUUUUGCAGAGAGUAUUAUUAAAUCCAUUUUUAUUCCAAACACAGCGAUAGGAGCCACUGAGGGGAUGAACAGUCUUCUUUUUCAUGUUUAAUGGCAGUUUUUCAAACCAGCUUUGCUGCAUUGGAUGCCCAUAACCAGUCUGAAUAGACAGGUUUGGAGUAUAGAUGCAUGUCCCUUGCUCUUGUUUACUGAUUCAGUUAUCCAAGAAAUAUGGGUCAGUGUUCAAAGUUCAUCUUGGACCCAAAAAGAUUGUGGUUUUGGCCGGAUACAAGACGGUUAAACAAGCACUAGUGAACCAGGCUGACGAAUUCGGGGAAAGAGACAUAACACCCAUAUUCCAAGACAUCAAUAACUUACACGGAAUCGGCCUUACAAAUGGUGAUAGGUGGAAAACAAUGAGAACAUUUGCUCUCUCAACUCUUCGAGACUUUGGGAUGGGAAGGAAACUGAGUGAAGAGAAAAUUAUUCAGGAGACGCGAUAUCUGCGGGAAGUGUUUGAGACCUUCCAAGGAAAUCCUUUUAAUACAACCCAGCCAGUAAAUUAUGCCGUUUCUAACAUCAUCUCAGCUAUUGUUUAUGGAAAUCGGUUCGAAUAUGAGGAUCCAAAGUUUAAUGAAAUGGUAGACAGGGCAAACCAGUUCAUCCUCAUGACCGGCUCUGCUUCCAUACAGAUCUACAACGUGUUUCCAGUGCUUAGGCCCUGGCUGAAGACCUGGAGACUGCUAAUGGAAACUUUGGAUAAAUACCAUGCUGAAAUACAGGUGCUGGUGGAUCGCUUGCGGGAGACUUUAAACCUUCUCGACUGCAGAGGAUUAGUUGAUGCCUUCCUCAUCCAAAAACAAAGCUUAGAGAAAUCUGGAGAAAAUGAUUCGCAAUUUAAUGAUCUGAACCUGCUCAUGACUGUGUCCAACCUGUUUUCUGCCGGUACUGACACCACCGGCACAACGCUACGCUGGGGUUUACUGCUCAUGGCCAAAUAUCCUCACAUACAAGAUCGGGUUCAUGAGGAAAUUGACAGGGUGCUUGACGGACGUGAAGCGGUUACAGAGGACAGGAAGAAUUUACCUUACACAGAUGCUGUGAUCCAUGAAAUCCAGAGACUGGCGAAUAUAGUGCCUUUGAAUCUGCCACAUAAAACCAGCUCUGAUGUGAACUUCAAUGGAUAUCUCAUCAAGAAGGGGACGUGUGUUCUGCCACUGCUUACAUCUGUUUUGAGAGAUGAGAGCGAGUGGGAGACGCCCAACACUUUUAACCCUGAACACUUCCUCAAUGAGAAUGGUCAGCUGAUCAAACGUGAUGCCUUCAUGCCCUUCUCUGCAGGACGCAGGGUUUGUUUAGGAGAGAGUUUGGCCAGGAUGGAGCUCUUUCUGUUCUUCACUUCUCUUCUUCAGUGUUUUCACUUCACUCCUCCACCUGGAGUCUCUGAAGAUGAAUUGGAUCUCACACCAGUUGUGGGCAUCGUCUUGAACCCUUCACCACACAAACUGUGUGCAGUCAGUAGGGCAGAAAAACACAACCAAAAGUUAUAAAUAAAAUAGCAGAAUAACUAAAUCAGUAUAUACCUAAUGAUCGUAAAACAUAAAGACUCUUACAGUUGGGUCCAGUGACUUCUUUUUCGAGUGUGAAGCUCAUCAAAACAUGUAUUUAGCCCGUCAUGUGUGUAGCUCAUCAUGUGAAAAUAUGUUUGUCUGUCAUGUGAAUCAAUGUGCAUCAUGUGAAAAUAUGAGCUUCCUGCAGACACUUCGAAGGGGUUUAUGAUAAAAGAGAUGCUCACGUUUGCCAGAUACGGAUUUAAUUUAAUGUGUAAUCAGAGUUUAGUGUUAAGUUAGUGUCUUGCAAGUAUUUUGUAAACAUGAGUGUCUCUUUCUCAUAAACCCUUUCGAACGUUUGUGCUGCAGGGACGAUUUUGACAAGAAGCACAAUGCACAUAAUUUGAAAUUGCACCAAUCGGAAGAGAAGACACUGGCUACCACUGGACACUUGUAGCCUGGCUCCGCCCUCCUACGUGCUUCCACUUAAUUUCCAUUUUGCUUCAGGACUACGUCUGGGACUGCUGUGUAGAGUUUCAUUUUCUCCUGCAAAAAUCUGCAGGUCCAAUCAGUGAACAGAGGGGGGUGGCUAUAAUGAUGACGUUGAGGUUGUGUGUCAGUUUGAGUUCAGUAAUGGCAGCGGAGAAAGACGUGAGAAAAUCUAUUCGGUCCGUUGUUGCAAAACUGCCGAAUGUACAGAAGUUAAAGCCGGAGCAAGAACAAUGUUUGCUAACUUUUGUUGGUCUGAUUAUUUGGACUUGUUGUUUCCGGACGGUUUUGGCGCAUGAUAUACACAACCACACGUUAGCGAUCGCCUGUGGCAGAUCCUGAGUGACUCUGGGCAGAUCCAAUAGUUUUAAACUUCAGCAGAGGACCCUCCUUAACAGAAGUAACGCUUUGCAAUGGAGCGUGGCCAGACUCUCUGUACAAAUGAAAUGAAUGUACGAGAGUCUGGUUGGACCAGGCUAGGACACUUGUAUCACAUUAUAAGAAUCUUAGACUAUUAUAUUAUCUCAUUAGCUUUUACAUUACACAUGGACAUUCUUUGCCUAAACAUAUUCAAUUGUAUUUUGUAAAAAUGUAUAUGCUUUUGAAAUAUAUGCAGAUAAUUUAUGCAUUUGACAGAUACUUGUAUGAAAACUGACUUACAGGGCAUUUAAGCUAUACAUUUAUCAGUAUUUGUGUUUACUGGGAAUCAAACCCAUGACCUUCUCGCUGCUAAACAAUGAUCUAGCAGUUGAGCACAGGAACAUGAUAUUUCUGCAAUGAUUAAAUAAAAUACUCUU